AUGAGUUUAUUAUCAAACGAUAGUAGUGUGAGCAGUGCCGGAGCUAUAUUGAGUAUUACACUUGCUCAAAAAAUUACAUUUGGUUUUCUGAUCGCUUUGAUUUUACCAUCUGUUGCUAGUUCAUGUUUUGUAUUCUAUCGUGUGACACAAAACAAAGAAAUAUUUAAAAAAUUAAGUAAUCAAUUGAUCUUUUGUCUUUUUUUGAUUUAUUUUAUUCAGGCUAUACUUGAUUUACCUCUUACAAUUAAAUUUCUUCAUCGAGGUGAAGUAGCAAUUCCAAACUAUACAUUUUGUACAUAUUGGUUUACACUAAUGUCUACUCUUAAUAUGUGUACUAUGUAUUUAAAUGCUUAUUUAUCAAUUGAACGUUACUUACUCGUAUUUCAUAAUAAAUUUCUACUCAAAUACAAGAACAUCCUACAUUAUAUACCAAUGUUUUUAAUACUUAUCAUUUCGGUAGUCUUUGUAUUCAGUUUUUCAGUGCUCUAUCCAUGUCAAACUCAAUUUAAUUAUAAUGCUAUUGUAUGUGGCAGUGUAUGUUCUAUAUUAAUUCGAGAUUUUGGGCUAUUUGUGUGGAUUUUGACGUUUGUAGCACCAUUAUUUGUCAUCAUUUUCUCAAACGGUUUUAUUCUUACAAGAGUUAUUCUUCAUAAACGACGAAUGUUACAAAAAAAUAUUUGGCAAAAAAAUAAAGGAAUGGUAUUACAACUUUUAUCAGUUACGGGAAUGUUAUAUAUUUCUUGGUUACCUGUAAGCAUAACUACAGUCAUCUAUACAGCACAUUCAACUCCACUCAUACGAGAAAUCCAUGAUAAUUGGCUAACACUUGGUUUGAUUUAUAUUCCUGUGUUAAGUUCACCAUUAACAACAAGUUUUGCAAUACCCGAACUGAGGAAUGAUAUUCGCGUCUGGCUUAAUCGAAGACGUCCACAUGUUAAUAUUAUGCAAACUCAUCCCACUAUUCCGGCUGGAACAUAA